CAUGAUCGGCUUUUCGGUCCCUGCAGCAUAAUGCUGCCACUGUCAUGUUUCACCAUCGGGAUGCUGCAAUCACUGCGGCGCAGUGCUUUCAUAGGGCUCGGCUUUGGGGACCGAGGGGACGCCUUUGAUUUCAACGUGGCUCUGCAGGAUCAUUUCAAGUGGGUGAAGCAGGAGAGUGAAAUCAGCAAAAACAGCCAGCUUGGCAACAUUCAACCAAAGCUGGAUUUGGGCUUUAAGGAGGGACAGACUAUCACAUUGAAUAUAGGGCAGGGGAAAAAGCGGGAUAAGCCCCGUCCACAAGGCUCAGCGGGAGUUGGACUCCUUCCACCGCCACCUGGAGGGAAGAUAGCUCCGCCUCCUCCAUCAGGCUCAUCCAACCACAACAUGGUCCCCCAGACAGCCAGCACAGCCUCAGGCUGCCUCUUGGAGCUGGACAGUAGUAACUCUAACACAGUGGUCCAGUCAAAUCAGGGUUCAGAUGUACUUUGGGGAGAAUUCUCAGCUCCUGCAAGUUCUGUUCCUCCUCCUUCAACACCUCAGAACUCCACAAACUGGAUCCAGUUCUGAUUCGCCGCUGCUUGACGUCAGCCGUGGUGUUUCAUCUCGCCUGCGUUCGUGUCCAUGGCUUCGUGUGAACCACACAGACAGCAUCUCCCACACACUCACCCUCCUGGCAGCAGAGUUAACAACCGCCGCCGUUCUGUAAAAUCAUUCCACUGAAAUAAAGCUUCUCUUCAGUCUAAAAUGCUGCCGACAGCAAAUGAAGCAUUAAUGAGUUAAAGCCAUGAAGUUCAUAUGAGCCAUAAACAACAACUAAUAAGGGCUAUGAAGCUGGUGUUACUCUUCAUGUAUUUGCAUCUUUUCGCCUGUAGGGGGCAGAGCUAUCUUUUGUUGCUGCAUGAAUUUACAUUUUAUUUAUGUGAGGGCUCCAUCUGCUGGCACCAAAGAGAACUAAACGUCUAGACUUAGCAGCUCUUUUUGGUAUUUGGUAAGAAAUUGAACAAGCAAAAAA